AUGAAGACACAUCAGUUUUUCCUUCUGCCAUUAUUGUUUAUCACAGGCUUCCCAGCAGCAGACAGCAUAAGUCCAAAUGAAACAAAGCCAAAGAAAGCCAAACUCCCCAAAAUAAAGGAGAACAAUGUACUCUUGCUGAAAAAGAGCAAUUUUGACAGAGCAUUGAAGGAAACUAAGUACCUGCUGGUGGAGUUCUAUGUUUCUUUAUCUCAGCCAUCUCAGAACCUGUCUGAAGAAUUUGCUGAGGCUGCAUGACAGCUUAAAAAAGAAGCUCCAAGAAUUCAGUUUGGCAAAAUUGAUGUCACACACCAACAUGAUUUGAGAAAAGAAUUUAAUAUUCGAGAGUUUCCUACUGUGAAAUCUUUUGUGGAUAGCAGCAGGGGAGAUCCCAUAGACUGCAAAGGAGUCAGACAGGCCUCAGCCUUUAUUACAUGGGUGAAAAGAAGAACAGGACCUAGCACUGUUUUAAUCAACUCUACUGAUCAGGCUGAAGCCAUCAUAAAUGCUGAUGAUUUGGCAGUGAUUGGCUUCAAGGCAAUUCACUGGAAAACUCAAAAGGCUGGUUUCUGUUCCAAAACAAGGGAUGUGCCAGAGAUGCCUUUCAGGAUGACAGCCAGCAAGGACAUCCAUGCUAACUACGGCAUCCAAAAGAACACUCUUGUUGUACUUAAGAAGGGAAAACCUGUGCAUAAUGGAGUGCUUGAAGAUGGCAGACAGAACAAACUAGAUCUAAUGAGGCUAAUCAAAACCUUUACCUUGGAUUUGAUCACUGAAUAUAAUCUUGAGGUAUCUGUGAAGAUUUUUGAUGUCCCUGUUGAAAAUCACAUCCUGCUGUUCACCCCAGCGAACUCGGAGACAUUCAAUGUGAUUUAUGAAAACUACAAGUCUGCUGCUGCGGAAUUUAGAGGAAAGAUAACAUUUGUCUUGGUUGAUACUAAUGAAACAAGGAAUAGAUGAGGUUUUGAGUAUUUUCGCAUCAGGGAGGUUGAUGUUCCUGCUACAAGAAUCCUAAAUCUGACAAGCGAUGCAAAGUACAAAAUGCCUGCAGAUAAGGUGACUGUGGAGAAUCUAAAAGAAUUUUGCCAGAGCUACCUAAAAGGAAAAGCAAAGCUACAUGUCUCUAGUGAAGAAAUUCCAGAGGACUGGGACAAGAUGCCUGUUAAAGUGCUUGUUGGGAAGAAUUUCAACAGGAUUGUCUUCAAUAAGAUCAUGACUGUGCUUGUUAUGUUUUAAGGCCCUUGGUCCUAUGACUGCAGAAAACUCCUGCCAACCUGGGAUAAGCUAGGAGACCAAUAUGAAAAUCACAAAGACAUAAUCAUUGCAAAGACAGAUGUCAGAGCAAACAACAUCCUGUCCAUUGGAUUAGAACACUAUCCGUUCUUCAGACUCUUUCCUGCUGGACCAGAUUACCAGGAGGUGACCUAUGCUGGGGAGCAUACCUUGGAGGCAUUUUCUGAAUUCUUAGAAGAACAAAGCAAGACAAAAGCAGAACCAGGAGAGAAGGAUCCUUCAGGAGGAAUCAAAGAGGAUCUCAGCCAAAAAAAGACUGUAAUAACAGAAAAAGAACAACUUUAA